UACUUUUGCAAUUACACUGCCGACUUCUUCUACGGAAAAAGUUCCAAAACCACUACUCUAUUACUGUUCUCCUACCACCCCAUCUCAGAUUCACACAAGAUGGCACCAAAAGGCCAAGGUCGACCAAGCCAGCCAGCUCCAGCACGAGGCCCUCAAAUGCAACAGCCACGUGCGCAACCCCAGAUGGUUUACCAGCAGCGACGCCCGGUACCUCCACAAAGUGGCCAAGCAGUUCACCACGGCGCCCCUCCACACCAUAAUCCUUCAUAUGGUGCUCGUCCACAUGGUGCACCUGCCUAUGGUGCCCCUCCCUAUGGCGCUCCUCCACCAGCAGCAUCUCAGCCGCGAUCUCGUGCUCCAGCUCCACGCCCAACAAAUCCUCAAGAGCGACUCCAGCUUGCUGAGCAAAGGCAGCGGAUGGCCGAGCGAAGAAUGGAAGCCCACAUGCGCAAUAUGCAGAAGCAGCAGCAACGUUUCAACCAGAAGCAAGCCGCGUGGGCUCAGAGCCGCGCGCGAUUUCAGCAGAAGCAGGCCCAGCAGUUUGCGCGCCAGCAGCAGCAAUUCCAGAAAGGUCAGAAUCGCGACCGUAGUCAGAUGGAGCGCUGGAAAGCUAGCUUCGUUGCGAAACAGCGCGCCCAGCAGGCGCAGUGGGAGAAGAAGCAGACUGCCAAGGAGAAUCGCUCCCGAAUGAAGUUCGACCAGUACAACCAGAAAUCGAAACAAAAGUCUGCGGAUUUGGAGAAGAAGAAGGCCAAAAAGUCGAAUAAGAAGCUCAAAGCAGCGGCCGCUGUGACGGGUGGCGCUGCCAUCCUUGGAGGGGGUGCCGUUGCCAAUAACUACUACAACAACAAUAACCCCACUUACAACCAGGAGAAUACCAACUACCAAGAGAACAACACCUACAAUCCAGCAGAGGAGGAGGACGACGACGACAGUUCCAGCGACGAUGAUGACGAUGAUUUUGAUGAAGACGAGGAUGCUGAUAUUGAUGAAGACGAGGAUGUUGAUUUUGAUUCCUCUGAUCCGGAUGACGGUGAUGAUGAAAGCGACUGGAGUGGUCCUGAUGAGGAGGAUGGCAUAAGCUUGCAGGAAUAUCCCAGCGCAGAUAACAAUGCUGCUGGAGAGAGUGGUGGUGGAGGCGGCGGGGAUAAUGGCAAUGAGAGCGAUGACUGCUGUGGAGAUUGUUGUGGGGAUUGCUGCGGUGAUGGUUGCUUCACCUGCUGUGAUGAUGAUUGUGGAGGUGAUGGAGGCUGCUGCAAUUGUUGUGGAGAUGAUAACGAUGAAGAGAGCAGUUGGUGUUGUUAA